GCGGGCCGGGGCGUGUCCUCGGGGGUAUAUAGGCGGCCCGAGGGGCAGGGGGCUGCACUCUGCCGCCGCCGCCCCUCUCUCCAGCAGCUUCUAUGCAAUCCUCGGCCGUCGCCGCUCCCCGCUGCGUUGAGCCCGCGCCGGCCUCCGCGACUAGGAUGGAAGAAGAAUUGGCAGCCCCUUCCACGUCCACGGACAAGACAGAGAGUAUGGAUGUGGAUGGAGAAUCAAAGAAACUACUGGGUUUGGGGCAGAAGCACUUGGUGAUGGGAAAUAUUCCGGCUGCUGUUAAUGCAUUCCAGGAAGCUGCAAGUUUACUGGGUAAGAAGUACGGUGAGACAGCGGAUGAGUGUGCAGAAGCUUUUUUUUACUAUGGAAAGUCUCUCCUGGAGUUGGCAAGGAUGGAAAAUGGUGUGCUGGGAAAUGCAUUAGAAGGGGUGCAGGUGGAAGAGGAAGGAGAAAAAGCAGAAGAUGAUUCUGCCUUGCCAGCUGUCAAUCAUGUAGAAGAAGCGAGGGAGGAGUUGAGAGAACAGGUUUAUAAUGCCAUGGGGGAAAAAGAAGAGGCCAAAAAGUCUACAGAGGAGUCUCCAGUACUGUCUGAGAAGGAAAUCAAAGAGGAAGGUCAUGAAAUGAAGGAGGUUACAGAAGAGAAACCAAAAGAAGAAGCAACUGCUGACAGGGAUGUGAAGCCUGAAGAGGCUGAAGAGAAGAUGGAGGUUUCUGUGGGAAAAGAAGAAACUUCAGAAGAGCAGAAGCAGCAGGUGGCUGUGGAAAAGGAGGCUGUGAAAGAAGAGGCAGCUGUGGAAGAGAAGGAGGUAGAAAAAGAGCAGAAAGCAGUGCCUGAAGACAAGGUGGUGAAGGCAACUGAGGAGAAAGAGAGAACAGAAGUGUCAGACAAGGAGGCAAAGGCAGCUGGGGAAGAGGCUGAAGCGGGAGAAGCGGCUGUGGAAGAGAAAGGAGAGGCAGGAGAACAGGCAGCAGAAGCAACAGAAAAAGAGCCAGCUGUGGAGAAGGGAGAGGCUGGAGAAGGGCAGGCAGAGAUGGCUGUGGAAGAGAAGGCAGGAGCAGAAGAGAAGGCAGAAGCCCAGGCAGCAGCUGCUGUGGGACAGAAAGAAGCUGCAGAAGGGGAAACAGAGGCAGCUGAGCAGAAGAAGGUGGAAGAGAAACAAGAGUCAGUAGAGACAGCUAUGGAAGAGAAACCAGGUGAAUCUAAAGAGACAGAGUCCUCAAAGGAGCCUGUGCCCACAGAGGGCAAAGAGCCACCCAGUGACCUGGAAGAAAAGGCUGAAGUUGCUGCUAAGGUAGAGAAAGAGGAAAAGGAAGAUGACCUGGUGGAAGAGGGUGAAGGUGCUAAGGUAGAAAAAGAAGAGAAAGAUGACCUGAUGGAAGAGGGAGAAGAAGCAGAAGAAUCUGAGGAGGAGGAUAAAGAAAACGAUAAAGCUGAAGAUGAUAAGGAGAAUGAAUUGACAGUGGAAGACAAGGAAAGUGAGGAGGAUGAAAUUGGAAAUCUUGAGCUAGCCUGGGACAUGCUGGAGUUAGCAAAAGUCAUUUAUAAGAGGCAAGAAACAAAAGAAGCUCAGCUCCAUGCAGCUCAAGCUCAUCUGAAGUUAGGAGAAGUUAGCAUUGAAUCUGAAAACUACACACAGGCCAUAGAGGAGUUCCAGUCCUGCCUGGCCCUGCAGCAGAAGUACCUGGAGGCUCAUGACCGUCUGCUGGCCGAGAGCCACUACCAGCUGGCCCUGGCCUACCACUACAACAGCGACUUCGACGAGGCCGUCCUGCAGUUCGGCAAGUCCAUGGAGGUCAUCGACAAGAGACUGGCAAUUCUGACUGAGAGGAUAAAGCAAGCAGAAAGUGGGUCCCCUGAGGACGAGAAGGAGAUUGAAGAGCUGAAGGGAUUGCUUCCUGAAAUUAAAGAAAAGAUAGAAGAUUCAAAGGAGUCUCAAAAGAGUGCAAGAGUAGCUGAGCUGGGACUGAAGGCAACUCUGAUUGGAACUACAUCUGGCUUUGCACAAAGUGAAGACAGUGGUUCUGUUUCCACGAUUCCAGUAAGAAAAGCAGCUGAUGGUGCAUCUCAGUGUGUUACAGACAUCUCUCACCUAGUCAGGAAAAAGAGGAAACCAGAGGAGGAGGCUCAUCAGGGAGACAACGAAGCCAAGAAAUCUAAACCAGAACCGGCUGUCAAUGGUGGUGGUGGGGAUCCUGCCCCCAGUGGAAAUGAGGUUGCAGCAAAAAUGGAAGAGGAGACAGAGAAAAGGCCACAAGCAGAAUCAGGGGCUGCAGUUGAAAGCACAGUAUGAUAAUUCUUUAACCUCGGACACUCCUCUCCUUACAAGGAAAAUGGUUUUGUAUAUAGUGUAUUUUUUCACUUUUUGGCAACUUUUGUAUGACUUCAAUAAAGAUUGUAAGCAAAUA